AUGAAUUCGGCUCCGGCCAGAUAUAGUAAUCACAAUAAUAAUCACUAUCACCAAAAUGUAUCUUUACCUCCAUUAUCUCCUAUAAUAAAACAGUUUGGUUCUGAUAAUCAUCUUUCGAAUCAAAAUCAAAAUAAUAAUAAUAAUCAUAAUCAAAAUCAAAAUCAUAUAAUUUUACCUCCCUUAACAAGAUUAUCACCUCCAUCAAACUAUACUACCAACCCUUCAUAUCCUAAUUCAAGUACUUCUACUGGUACUAAUACUCCAACAAAUCAUAGUAGUAGCAGUAAACUUACUGAACAUAAUUUGUGUCAUUUAACCAAUUCUUUUGAAAAGAGUCAUUACUCAAUAAACUCAUCUUCAAAUGGCUUAGGCUUAUUAAGUUCAGCCAUUUCAAGCCUUCAACAAGUUUCUGUGGGUGCCGUAAAGAAUGAAAUUAAGACUUCUACACCUCCUUCAUUAACUUCAGCUAGUUCAGUUGCAUCAAUAUCUCCAGUAUCUUCACCUGCCAUUCAUUCUGCCACCAUUCAUGAAGUUGAUCAUUCUCAUAAAGAGUCUAGUAGUCAAAAUAAGAGAAGACAACGUCUAGGUCCAUCAUGUGAUUCAUGUCGUCUUCGUAAAGUUAAAUGUAAUGCUGAAAUUGUCAUUGUAUAUAAAUCUGAAGCUGAUAUUGAUCAUAGUCGUCUUGAAUAUGAUUAUAAAUUAUCUUCAUUACAAUUGACUCAAUUAUUACAAAAGAAGGAAACUGUUAGUAUUCCUCAAAGUGAUUAUAAAUUAUUAAUAUCCAAUGAUAAGUUGAUUAAAUAUAAAUUCUGUAAUAGUUGUACUCUUAAGAAUUUAAAUUGUUGCUUCUCAAAAGGAUUUACUAAGGAAGAUAUCAUGAUGAAUAAUAAAAAGACUGGAUCAAACGAUUCUAGUACCAAUACCAGUGUAACCACUACUACGACUGUGUCUAGUAGUAGUUCACCAUUAUUGAUGGCUGCAUCUGUACCAGUAAUUAAGAAGGAGAAACCAAUUAAGAUUGCUAAGAAGAAGACUAGAACCAUUUCUUCAUUAACUGCUGCAUUAACGAAAUCAUUAGAAUCCAAUUCAGUAAAGAUGGUUUCACCUCCAGUAGCUGAGUCAAUACCAGAAAUUACUAUGGCAAGUAGUAGUUCAGCAUGUUCAAUAACGUCUUCGACUUCAUCUUUAAAUUCAAAUUCAAAUUCAAAUUCAAAUUCCAGUUCAAGUUCAAGUUCAAGUUCAAGUUCAAGUCCUAGUCCUCGUAAAUCGUCCUGUAUCAGUUGUAGAAAGAGAAAAGUCAAGUGUGUAUACUCUUCGAUCUUGAGUAAAUGUGAAGGAUGUUACAAGAAGAAUCACGAGUGUCGAUUUGAUACUUCGACUAAUAUUAAUACUAUCAAACAACUCAUUAACUAA